GUCCAUACUAAUUUUUUCUAUAAUUCUAUUUCAGAUUCAUCUUAUGCAUCUAGUCCAUACUAAUUUUUUCUUUAAUUUAAAUAAAUCUUUUGACCCAAAAGAUAAUUUCAUAUAAAUACAUCCUAAACAAAUAAAGAAAAACAACCAUAAGAAUAUUUUAGUAAUUUUAUUCUUUUCCGAGAAAAAAAAAAGAGAGAGAGAAAGGGAGAGAAAUUCUUGAGUCUCGAAGAAUUUAUCCAAGCAGUGGCCAUUUUCAUUUCCUAGAAAUAGAAUAAAUGGAAACAGGGAAGGUAGUGGUGGAAAGAGUGGGAGGAAAGUCUGUCGUCACUCGGUGCUUCGCCAAAUAUCCUCUGAAAUUCAUCAUACCUAAGAAGGUGGGUUCUUCACAAACUGACGCUGUCUGGAUUUACACCAUCACCUAUGGAGGGGGCAUUGUCUCUGGAGACUGUAUAUCAUGUCUUUUUACAGUGGGAGAUGGCUGCAUGGCUGUUUUGACCACACAAGCCUCGACAAAGGUGUAUAAAUCUGUUGAAUCAAAGUGUUCGGAGCAACUCUUGGAGGCAAGAGUGGGAAGCAGUUCUCUAUUGGCUGUGAUUCCGGAUCCAGUGACAUGUUUUUGCACUGCAAAGUAUUCUCAGAGGCAAGUCUUUAGAAUCUCACCAGACUCGAACUUGGUUCUGGUCGACUGGAUAACCAGCGGCCGGCACGAAAGAGGAGAAAAAUGGGAUUUUGAUCUUUACAAGAGCACAAACAACAUAUAUUUGGAUGGGGAUGUGCCUUUGUUCCUUGAUACAGUUAUCUCUUCUUCUCCCAUCUCCUUAAUAUUUCUUUGAAAGAAAAAUAGCGUUUUCUUUUUUUAUUUAUGUGAUGCAAUGCUUGUAUAUUGUCUUUGUCUAAAUCUCGUGCAGUUAAUGCUUGAAAAAGGAAUGAGCAGUAUUGCGGAGCGCAUGGGAGACUACCAAGUUUUUGCAAUGCUCAUACUUGUGGGUCCAAAGUUGAAACAUAUCCAAAACCAUAUUGUGGAAGAGGUGAAGACAAUGAUGUCUAAAAGAUUACAUGCUCCUUCAUUUAGGCCGUCGGGACAGUGCGAAAAUAAGCACAGAUUGGCAAAACCAACUUUUAUCACUUCUUGCAGCACAUUUGGUCCAAAGGUAUCAGAGAACCCCUAAAUUUGGCACGCAAACAAUUUUUUUUUGGAAGGUGAAAAAGUGUGUGCAAUAGCAAGAGACCCGUCUUCCCAUCUUUGUUUAUUUCCUUUUUAGUUACUGUUUUGCAGGAUAUAGGUGUUGUUACUCGGAUAGCAUCGGAAACGACCGAAUCGGUUUACAAUUUUCUAGCUACUCAACUCUCUGGCUUGAAGCCACUGCUUGGGGUAUCGCCAUACUGCUGAUUCUUCAGGUUGCAAGAUUAGACUUUCAGAUUGUGGUAUUUUUGCUUUGUCUACCUCUAAUGUAUCCUAUUUACUUCGUGACCCACUUUUUCUUUUUGCCAGGAAUGAGCUUUCUUGAUGUAUGUUUCUGUUUACAGCAACCAUUAUGUGGUUAACAUUGUUUUUUUCUUCUCCUAAUUCAUAAAUCUUAACUGCAUAG